AGUUAUGAAACGAUUUUGAGAACCCAACUAUAUAGAUGAGGAGCCACAUUGGCUUCUCCAAUUUUCUUAUUUUCGAUUUUUUCUCAUUACGUUGAAGUUUCUCUCCUUCAGAGAAGUUAACUAUUAAUUGCAGAAGCAGUGAACCACCAAUAUCCACGCAUCCCUACGCCCCGCUUUCUUCGCUUUAGUCUCUAAGCUCCAACACCAACCUCCACCUCCACCUCCGCCGCCGCCAGCAAAUACAUGGACUAUCCCACCUCGGAGUACAAUGAACAUGCCCCAUAUACUUCCUUGCGGGGUCAGCCUUCCACAGCCGGACCUCCCAUAAAACUCCGGAGACCUUUGAAAGUUUUUUCUGUGACGUUUGCCUCGUUCAUUUUCUUAUUGUCAUUGGUGACAUUAAUCAUUAACCAAAGCCAAGAGCCAUUACCAACACCAAACAAGAACCCGUCUCCUUCAACGCCUAAAGCUACGUCAUUUGCGAAGAGGGAGCCAAGAGGCGUGGCUGAAGGCGUAUCAGCCAAGUCUAAUCCAUCAUUUUUCAGUGAUGGAGUCUCCUACAAUUGGACAAACGCUAUGUUUUAUUGGCAACGAACUGCUUACCACUUCCAACCCGAGAGAAAUUGGAUGAAUGAUCCUGAUGGUCCAUUAUUCCACAUGGGAUGGUACCAUCUAUUCUACCAAUACAACCCUGAUUCAGCUGUGUGGGGCAACAUCACGUGGGGACAUGCUGUAUCAAGGGACUUGAUCCACUGGUUUCACCUCCCAUUUGCAAUGGUCCCUGAUCAAUGGUAUGAUAUCAAUGGGGUGUGGACUGGAUCAGCUACGCUCCUUCCAGAUGGUCAAAUCGUGAUGCUUUACACUGGGGAUACCAUUGAUUCAGUGCAGGUGCAAAAUCUCGCAUACCCUGCUAAUCUAUCUGAUCCUCUCCUCAUUGACUGGAUCAAAUACCCGGGAAAUCCAGUUUUGGUUCCCCCACCAGGAAUUGAAACCGACGAAUUUAGAGACCCGACUACAGGGUGGCUUGGACCCGAUGGAAAAUGGCGGAUCACAAUUGGAUCAAGAGUUAAUGAAACUAUCGGUGUUUCACUUGUGUAUCAAACCACUAACUUUACAACCUACGAGCUGUUGGAAGGCUUCUUGCAUGCGGUUCCGGGUACGGGCAUGUGGGAAUGUGUGGACUUUUAUCCGGUUGCAAUAAACGGGUCCCUGGGAUUAGAUACAUCAGCUAAUGGGCCGGAUACUAAACAUGUGCUGAAGGCUAGUUUGGAUGAUACAAAAAUAGAUCAUUAUGCACUAGGAACCUAUGACCCAGUAACAGAUAGAUGGACACCCGAUAACCCGAAGGAGGAUGUGGGUAUUGGGCUCCGGGUGGACUAUGGAAGAUACUACGCCUCAAAGACAUUUUAUGACCAGCAGAAGAAAAGAAGGAUACUAUGGGGUUGGAUCAACGAAACCGAUACCGAAGAAGAUGACUUGGAAAAGGGGUGGGCUUCUGUUCAGACCAUUCCGAGGGCUGUACUAUUUGACAACAAGACUGGAACCAAUUUGCUUCAAUGGCCAGUGGAGGAGAUUGAGAGCUUGAGAUUGAACAGUACUGAUUUUGAAGAGAUUUUGAUUGGACCUGGCUCAGUAGUCCCGCUUGACAUAGGCGUAGCCACGCAGCUAGACAUAUUUGCAGAGUUUGAGACAGAAUUGAUAUCAGAUUCAGCGGUUGAAGAAUACGAUUGCAGCGGUGGCGCUGUAGACAGGAGCUCCUUGGGACCAUUUGGUAUUCUGGUGAUUGCAGACCAAACACUUUCUGAACUCACACCUGUAUUUUUCCGUCCUGUUAAUUCAACCGACGGCACUCUUAAAACUUACUUCUGUGCUGAUGAAACGAGAUCAUCAAAGGCUCCUGAUGUCUUUAAGCAAGUUUAUGGAAGUACUGUUCCAGUGCUCGAAGGUGAAAAGUUGGGCAUGAGGGUGCUGGUUGAUCAUUCGAUUGUGGAAAGUUUCGCACAAGGCGGAAGAACAGUAAUGACAUCACGUAUUUAUCCAACAGAAGCAAUCUAUGGAGCAGCAAGGUUGUUCUUGUUCAACAACGCAACUUCCGUGAAUGUGAAGGCCACACUCAAGAUCUGGCAGUUGAAUUCUGCCUUUAUCCGUCCUUUUCCACUUUGACAACUAUUAGAACGCCUUUGUUGUAUCAAAAACACCUCCUAUUUUGCUUUCCAUUUGAUUGACAAUGCCUACAAAUUCAAAUUCUUGGCCAAUCAAUAAGAUGGUCCAUUUUCAAAUAA